AUUUGGAUACUUCUUGAAAGUAAUCGCCGUGUCGGAAGGAUUAAUGACUCACGCAGGUGACCUCGGUGGUUCUUGAUGUCGCACCUUCUAGACUAGACGAUAUCAAAGAGAUACCGGAUGCGCAAAUCGGAACUCAUGGUUAUCAACGGAUGGCCCCGAUCACUUCCGGAACCGCUACCUACACGACUUCAUCCGCACCGGGUGGGGCACGGAUUUCUUCGACGCGAGGUAUAAAAACACCGGAAUACGACAUUCAAGUGGGACUAUGUCAUUGCAUUCGCGCCUUCGUCGUUACAUAUAAGAAACCGAAUCGGCGAACCUGAUUUAAUAACGACCAUGUCGAGUCGACCGUCGACCACCCUUGUAUGGACGCUCGUCGUUCUUACGACGAUGUUGUCGACCGACGUCGAGGCUUGGCCGACGUUUCGUCGUCGAGACGUCUUCGACAACGUCGUGGACAGUCCUGACGGAUUGAUCGCUCAUCUGCGAAAUCUCGGUGGAUCACUCUACGGAUUCCCGAGCAACGUCACAGGACUGAGGGUCGCGCAGUGGCACGAGGGUAUGGACGUGAAUCCUGAAGAGUUGGGCGAGUACGUGGAGGGAGACAUCCUAUUUCCGCCGAUCACCGGAAGAAGCGGCCUCGCGGCGGUCUCCGCUCGAUGGCCCGGUGGCAUCAUUCCUUUUAUCAUCAGUCCUUAUUUCAAUGCGCAGCAACAAAAAAUCAUAUACGACGCGAUGGACGAUUAUCACAGGUACACGUGUAUCAGAUUUAAGCCGUAUACGGGUCAGGAGAACGACUUUAUCAGAAUUACGGCCGGCAAUACUGGAUGCUGGAGCAGCGUGGGCAGAACUGGAGGUCGUCAAGACGUGAAUCUUCAGGUGCCUGGUUGCCUAACGCAGAAGGGCACCGUGAUACACGAGCUGAUGCACGCUGUCGGCUUUUUGCACGAACACAGCAGAUACGAGCGAGAUGACUACGUCAACAUUCUGUGGCAGAAUAUUGAACCGAGUCACACGCACAAUUUCAAUAAGGCCCCGGCAGAAGUUACUGACGCUUUUGGUGUCGGUUACGAUUAUAGCAGCGUGAUGCACUACUCGUCAACAGCGUUCUCCAAGAAUAAUCAAUUAAAGACCAUCGUGGCCAAAAAUCUACAAGACGGUGGCAUUUUGGAUUUUAUUGGUGGAAUCUUCCAGGGUAACACCAGAGAGAAACUCGGUCAGAGAGAAGGUUUCAGUAAGAAGGACAUUCUGAAGAUCCGAAGAAUGUACAAAUGUAGCGAACGUGCUGGUUUUUACGAUAUCGAUGAUUAGCGAUGGAACACUUUAAUAUAGCAUAUUGAGAGAAAAUGGCCGGAAACAGGAUAUGUAAUCAUUAUAAGAAAUUCCUAAUUAUAAAUAAUUAAGAAUGUUUGUUUGCGCAAUAAGAAAAGAAGACAUCUAGUCUUACGUAUAAAAUACAUGACUUCUUAAAAAGCUAAGAGAUAUAUCGAAUGUGUGUGUGUGUGUGUGUGUGUGUGAUCAGUAUUAUUAUCUGUUACUGCAAUUGUUAGCAUAUAUUAUAAUACAAUGUUAUGAAUGUAUCAACGUUCUCUUUAAGAGUUACAUACAUAUAUGUAAUACUUACAUGCCUGUAACAUAAGUGCAUUACACAUAUUGUGACAUAUUUCUCCGUCGAAAGUUUUUCAAUCCAAUUUUUUUUGUUGACGAUCAACUACUGAUCAAAGUUUCGACAUAAUAGCGAGAGGUUGAAAAUUUUAGGUUGACAAUUUUUAUUCGAUAUAAGGAAAAAAAAACACGUUACGUUUAUCUCAAGCUGACGACCUCGAAAGACAUGAGAUAACAUAUUUCGCGAUAAAAUAUUCUUUAUUUGUACAUUAUUUUACGGAGCGA